ACUGCCGGCGCCCGAGGGAAGGAAGAGAACUCUUCUCCGAGCGCGGGGAGGAAGCGGGACCCCCGGCGUUUCAUGUUCCGCCGGCCCGACGGCAUCUUGGCGUUGAUUCCGACCUGCUCCCACCCGCACCCGGACAGCGACGGCGAGGAGGAGCGGCGCCGUCCCGCCAUGUCCCGGUACGGCCUCCGCAACCUGCUGGACUGGCUGUACGGCGGGGUGGACCCCAGCUUCGCCGGCAACGGAGGGCCGGAGUGCGCGGCCUUCCUGUCCGGGCGGCAGCGCUUCGCGGAGAGCCUGGUGUUCCUCAGCCUGGGCGCCGCCGAGAUCCUCGUGGCGCUCCGCAAGCUGCGGCAGCUGCACCGCGGGGAGCUGGAGGGGCACCUGCUGCAGCAGCACCGCGCCAAGAGAGAGAGCCUGGGCAAGAACCUGCUGCUCGUGGCGCUGUGCCUCGUCUUCGGGCUGGAGGUGGGCUUCAAGUUCGCCACCAGGACGGUCAUCUACCUGCUGAACCCCUGCCAUGUGGUCACCGCCAUGCAGAUUUUUCUUCUUGCUUGCCCUCCAUGUCGGGCUGCAAUGAUUCUCUUCAGGUUGCAGAUGCAUAUGCUGAAUGGGGCUCUCUUGGCAUUGCUGUUUCCUGUCGUUAAUACACGCCUGCUUCCAUUUGAAAUGGAAAUUUAUUACAUCCAGCAUGUGAUGCUCUAUGUUGUGCCCAUCUAUCUGCUGAGAAAAGGAGGGAUCUACACUCCAGAACCACUCUCCAAUUUCUGGUGGGCUCUUUUAUCUACUGGGUUUAUGUUUGUAUAUCACUUUAGCAUCUUGCAAAUUCUGGGACUGGUUACAGAAGUGAAUUUGAACAACAUGUUAUGCCCAGCCAUUUCAGAUCCUUUUUAUGGGCGCUGGUAUCGAAUUUGGGCAUCUGGACAUCAGACUAUCAUGACUAUGACUCAUGGGAAGCUUGUAAUCUUACUGUUUUACUGUGCUGACCCCAUCUUUAAAUGUAGUGUGGACUUGCUUAGAUUUCCAGCUAAGAAAAUAGACUGAAAUGUCUCCUCACGGAGCAGUACGUACAGGAAGCAGAGACACCUAUAUUCAUACUGGAAAACCAAGAGGAGGGAUGAGAAGACAAUGUUUUUAUUAUUUUUCUCCCUGCAGUUUUUGGCCUCACAAACACUUCUAUUAUCAAUUGAGGGUUUUUCUUUCAACUGCUGUUUUUCACUGCCUACUGCCAAUGGCAACAUUAGUGGCCUUAUUCUGGAAGAGGUUUCUGUUCUAUACAUUUUGUGCAGAUUACAGUAAAAUCUACCCUUUAAAAUUAGGUGAGGAUUUAUCUACAUUCCAGCAAAAAGAGUGGCAGAGCUACCUCAUUUUGACUUAUUUUCCACUAAGUAGAAUUUUUCCAUUAGUACAGUUAUAUCACAGGAUAAGAAAUAAAGCUGAAUUCCAAUUCUCUAUUCAUGUGAACAGAACACAUCUUGAAAUAUCUUGAAAUGCAUCAUCAUGGCUUAACUCUUAGUACUAAGUGUUGCAAAAUGGUCAUGGUGGAAAAACGUACACUUAAUCUCCUAGUCAUAAGUGCAAAGCAAUGAAGUUUUACUGUAUUUUCAUUAAGCUGGUUGAAAAUAAUCGGGGAACAACAACUUUUAAAUACCUUUUUUUUUUUUAAAACUGAAUACUUUGGUUUCUGGCCUGCUAAGGAUAAAUGUCUAUCUGGUGAGGUCCCAUCAGAUCUUGAUGCUUUGGAGAUGAUUUUGAGUGAGUAGAAAACGCCACACAGAAAUUAUAAAAAAAACCAUGUUCUGUGUAAGUUACGAUAGGUAUUUAAUCAACAAUAUUGACCUGCCUUUAAACAAAAUGCUUUCGUCACUUAGCUUAGACUGGAGACUGAGUAGAGAUGCAAUGUACAAUGUAAACAGGUCUCUUUUUUUCACUCAGUAGCAUUUUAAACAUUCCUCCUCUGCAUUCUACCCUGAUCUUUAGUAGAGCUGUUGGUGAGGAAACAAAAUGAAACUAUUUUCUGUCUCCAUAGCUCUAAUACAUUCCUCAUACUGAUUUUAAAACACAAGUAUAAGAAGGAAUGUGAAAUCAGCACAGGCUUCUACUGAAAAGGCAAUGUUCCAGUUUACUAGUAUGGUUAGAUCUUCUUGUCAACAUGAGUUUUGGAGUAGAAAAGGAUGUAAGUAGAGAGAAUUAUAAAUAGUAAACUGGCUAAGGGGAGAAACUGUAGGGAGGAAAGCUCGAACAUCUUUACUGUGUUCUUCCAGAUAGUUAACUGUAGAUCUAUUGUUGUGCAGCCUGUUGUAUUUCAGGACUGCAGGAAUUGUGUUGUGCAAAAUGCUAGUUGCCACUUGCAUUGCAUUGUCAUAGCUGUGACUUGUAAGAUAAAAACAAAACCGUCAUACCUCCUCUUGAUGGAUCACCUGAAGAUAUAUUCUGAUGUUAAGGUACAGUGCUUAUACCUCAAGAAGAGAAGUAAGAAUGAGAAGUGGUUGACUUUUUUUUCUGCAAGAUAGAAUAUAAUUGGGGAGGGAACAAAUGACUUCUCUAAAUGUUUUCACUUCGCGUGUUUUUUAUUGUUUUGUUUUUUUUUAAGUAGAUCUCCCAUUAGAAGUCCUUUCUACAUUCAAAUUUACAGACUAGCUUCUGGCUUUCUUUCAUGUCUUGAAAGUAAACAUCCUGUACUAUUUACUAUAAAUUGAGAUGUAAGAUUGACCUAAACUAUGAAGCAUAUAUAUAGCUAGUCCCAGUUGCACAGACUGAACUACUAUGUUGUUCAGUUUGAGAAAGGUAAGCACUUGAUAUAUAGUUUUGACUGUGAAGUACAUGAUUAAUUUUAUUGAGCCAUCUCACUACUGCUUCAGUAAAGCAGGGCAUGUGUUGUGUAUUUGUGGAGGGGUGAGCUAAAGAAAACAUGCAUUGGUAUUGAAGGCCUGAACCCAUCUGCGAAAGACUAUUUAAUUAGCUGCUGAUGUGAUGCUCAAUUCAAGAGUCAGUAUUUCAUUUGCAGCUGAUGAAAUACAUGAUGUUGCUGAGAGAUGCUAAGGUGAACAGAAAUAUUCAUGCCUAUUUGUCUCCUAUGAACAGCUACGUGUACAGUGGUUCUUCCCUUCCCUUCCUGCAGUUACUGUCAAGCCUAUCUUGAUGUGUUUUUAUUUACUUAAGGCUUGGCAAAAUGCCUUCUGUUGAAUCUAGUCUGGUUUAGAAGCAACAUUAUUACAGUAAGAUCUUGCCAAAUUUUGUAAACAUUAGAUUAUUAUUUGCCUAAUUUUACUAUUUUUUUAAUAAUCUUUCCUGCUUUAAAAAAACAAACAGCAUUUUCUGUCUGUCUAAUCGUAUGCUUUGGAGCAUUGGAAGCAAGUCUGAAACAGCUCCUAUUUAUCACCACUGACUGUCUCUGGUCAGUUAAGACUAUGGAAGCAAGAAGCGUUUAAGUAAGCUCAGUGCCGUCUCUCUUAAAAUGCAAAAUUUUCAAGUUCUUAUGACUUAUAGUUGAGGGAAGCUCUUAUUUCCUCUCACGCCUCCCCAGUUUGGGUUUCGGUGCAUGUUGAACUUUUGGCUUAAGAUGCUAAAAUGUCUAAUUGAAUGUAAUAAUUCAGCAAGGAGAAGUAAACUGGCUAUUACACUCAAUAAGGAUUUUAUGAGCAUCUGGAUUUUAUGACUGUCAGGAGAGUGGAGCCACUGGGAUCUAGAGGGAAGAAGGGCAGCAGAGUCUUGAACUCUUCUUCGUGGUAAGCUGUGCUGGCUUCUUUUGCUUCUUGUACACCAUCAGUGAAGCUGGCUGAGCUUUUAUCCACAGAAUCACAGAAUGUCAGGGGUUGGAAGGGACCUCAGAAGAUCAUCUAGUCCAAUCCUCCUGCUGGAGCAGGAUCACCUAAAUUAGGUCGCAAUUCCCCACAACACAUUCUGAAAACCAUUUUUAAACACAGUCUUUCAGCUUGGUUUAUGGUGUAGCUGUACAGAAAGUUGUCAGCACACUUGAGACACAAGCUUCACAUAUGGGGAAGAAUAGGGCAGAAGGGAAACAGAAAGGGAAUGAACUUCUGAAACAUCAGUGGAAAUUCACACUUUACUCUUUAGUUGUUUUGAAUAGCUGUUUGGAAGAUGCAGAUGACAGAGCUUGUUCAAUGUGAAAGAAAUUGGUUUGAAAAGUAAAAUAGAAUACUUAGCCUUCAUAGGGGAAUAUCUGUUCCUUGGCAGAUUUUCUUUUCCGUGAGUGGUUUAUUAUAUGAGCAGUAAUUCUGUUUAGAUGAAUUUCUGGUAAUUUUUUCUUACUUAUGCUGGAAAUUAAAGAGUAAAACUGUGUUGCUAUUCAUAAAUGCUGAUGGGCAUUCUCUCCUGUGCACUAUGGACACAAUCGAUGUCACAGUAGCUUUAAGCUGUUGACCAGAGCCUGGUGAUGUUUUACGUUGGAGCAGUGCAAUGUAUGAUUGAAAGGGUAAGUCUUGGCCCUCCAAUAUCAGUAAAUCUUUUUUCUCAGUACUAACAGUGAUGAAGAUACUAGGAGUAGAUACAGUGCAGAGCAGGAGGCUGACAUAGCCAUGCAGACUAUUUCCUUUUAGCAGUAGCUUGUAUUUUAGAGGUGUUCCAGCAGGUUAUAGAAACUCACCCUAAAGUGGAUUGGUUUGCUGUCCCCUAGAGAGUCAUGUACAAUACCAGAAAAAGUUAUUGUGCGGUGCUUAAGUCUAGGCUUUGGAAAAAUUAUGAAUGCAGGCAGAUGUUUGAUCAGAUCUCUACAUUAUACUCAUCAGUACCACAGACACUUCAAACAAAAGAAAUGAGGAGCAAUGAAACUGAUUACUCUUUCAGUCACUGAAUGACUGUCGAAAUUUCUUCCAGGUAUACACAUAAAUGAAGCUCUAGUAACUGCAGUAACUACAGUUGUCUGCAUUGGUUCAUUUAUGCAGACUUCUUUAAGUAGCCUUCCAAAGUGCAAAAAUGAGCUGCUAAAACUUCUGCACCCACCAUCAGAUCUGGUGAUAGCCUGCGAAUAUUGAAAUUAUUGUGCCAAGAUUCUAGCUGUCCAGUACACGUGCAGUGAUAACUUUCCUAAGGAUUCAGGCACUAUAGGCAGUGUAUGAACUGUAUCUGUUUAACUUCCUUCUGUUUAAGCACCAGAGAUCUGCGUUUUGUUUCUUCUGAAGGCUGAAAUUAACAGCACUUGAUCAUAAUUAUAUAAAUCAAUCAAAACUCUGAAUGCACACAUGUACUUUGGAUUUGGUUCAGCAUCUUAGGGCUUGACAAAUGCUGCUUAUAAGCAAAGCUCACUUGUGCUUUAGCAGAUGCUGCCUUGCUGAGGCUGGGAGACGUGAAAAGUCAUUCAUUUGCAUACCUUAAAACUAUGGAGUACCUCAUUAUAGAUUUAUCCCUCUGUCUCUAGCCACAGUCAGGGUUUUGAUAUUUCAGUAUAUUUUGUAACAUUUUGUAAAACCUAACAGUAUCUUCCUUUCAGAAAUGGCUACUUGCAACUGUUCAAGUACUGUAUUUUACCUGUGCAUCUAUACCUAAUGACAACCAUAGACUUUGAUGUUGUUCUUGCUGUUUUCAAGUCAUAGGAUCAUUUGGGCUGGAAAAGGCCUUCAAGAUCGAGUCCAACCAUUAACCUCACCUACCAUGUCCCUCAGUGCCACAUCUACACAUCUCUGAAAUACCUCCGGGGAUGGGGACUGCACCACUUCCCUGGGCAGCCCAGUACAAUGCCUGACCACUCUUUUUGUGCAGAAAUUCUUCCUAAUGUUCAAUGUAAACCUCUCCUGGUGCAACUUGAGGCCAUUUUGUCGCAUCCUAGCACUUGUCACCUUAAACUGUUCAACUUGAGGUGGAUACUUAGGAAUUAAAUUAUUUCUAAUGGUUAACACAGUUCAGAAAAAGCUAACAGGAAGGCAUAUGUCAGCCCUUCUGUUAGAAGGUGGAAGGUUUCUACAAGCAGGUGGAUCAGUGCUGAUGUUUUCAUUUUUAGUGAGGAUAUACAAAACAAAUCAGUUGAUUCUUGUGAUCUUGUACUCAGUAUGAUAUUGCUGUAUACUUGUCUUGCAGCUUUAUUGUAACUUAGUUAAAACCAAGCUGUUUUUAAAAUGAUGAUGUUUCUCUUCAGGGUCAAUUUUGUACUUUUUUUAAAUUAUUUCUGCAUUUACUGAGUCAUUAUCUCAAUGCUGCAGAGGAUGCAGCAGGCAGAACAGGAUGCAUACCCACACUGCUCUUGCCAACCAACCUGUGCCAGGGAAGUGGAACUGCUCAGGGACUGGACUGAAGCACAUUAGCGGUCUUUGGAAGCUUGCAGUUCCCAUUAGCUACCCCGUGUAGUGCUACCCAGGCACAGAAUGGAAUGGCAAUGUCAAGGCUGGUUGUGGAGAGGCUCAACUGCCAUGUAUGCUGUUAGUUCUGAAUAAUUUGUAGGAAUGUUUCAAAUUUUGUAAACUUUUUAAUGUGCUAAAACUUGGUUAUGAGGUAACAUUUACAAAUAAGGGAUAACUUGUGUACUUGUUUUUGUAUUUUGGUCUGAUUUUUUUGGUUGUAGUGCCCUAUGUCCAGCUCACUGGGCAAACAGUUCUUAAACAUUUGAAUUAAAACAAAUAAAUGCAUUUUAAUGGUA